UAGGGCGACGGCUGGACGCCUCCUCGCUUCGGGACGAAUUAGCGGCGGGUUUUGCCCUGAGGUUUGUGACCCUUACGGAAUUCCCGGCUGGCCCACGCGCCCCUUGCAGCGUCGCGCGGAGUCCCCUGCCAGUCACAGGCUGAAAGACAUAGUUGGGAUUCUCUUCUGAGAAGCUGGCAACAAAUGGAAGAUAUGAUAUGUGCGGGGAAAACAAAUUGUGAUGCUUCUGAACCCAUGGGCAGUUAACAAGGCAGUGUCUAGCUACUGAAUAUAUUUUCUGAAAUCAAGACUGUAAAAGCUUUGGCUGACUGCAUGAGCCUUCUAUGAUUCCUUUCUAAUGGGAAGAACACUCAAUUGGUCACAGGAGAUGGGAGAUGGGAGAUGUUAGUCUAAUUUUGACACAAAUGGCCGUGCCAUUUUGAGCAUAAGCCAGAUUCCUCAAUCUUCCUGCUGGUUAUUGUGACGGCUGAAGUUUGGCCCUGUUCUGUUCUUACUUUCCUGUUGUGUUUUACCAGAAUUGAAUCAUGGUGUCAUGGAAGGGGAUUUACUUUAUACUCACUCUAUUUUGUGGAAGCUUUUUUGGAAGUAUUUUCAUGCUGGGUCCCUUUUUACCAUUGAUGUUUAUAAACCCAUCUUGGUAUCGCUGGAUCAACAACCGCCUUGUGGCAACCUGGCUCACACUACCUGUGGCAUUGUUGGAGACCAUGUUUGGUGUAAAAGUGAUUAUAACAGGUGAUGCCUUUAUUCCGGGAGAAAGAAGUGUCAUUAUUAUGAACCAUCGGACAAGAAUGGAUUGGCUUUUCUUGUGGAACUGUCUAAUGAGAUAUAGCUACCUCAGAUUGGAGAAAGUUUGCCUCAAAGCCAGUCUCAAAAGUGUUCCUGGAUUUGGUUGGGCCAUGCAGGCUGCUGCCUAUAUCUUUAUUCAUAGGAAAUGGAAGGAUGACAAGAGCCAUUUUGAAGACAUGAUUGAUUAUUUUUGUGAUAUCCAUGAACCACUUCAGCUCCUCAUAUUCCCAGAAGGGACUGAUCUUACAGAAAACAGCAAGGCUCGAAGUAACGAUUUUGCUGAAAAGAAUGGACUUCAGAAAUAUGAAUAUGUUUUACAUCCAAGAACUACAGGCUUUACUUUUGUGGUAGACCGUUUAAGAGAAGGUAAGAACCUUGAUGCUGUCCAUGACAUCACUGUUGCAUAUCCCCACAACAUUCCUCAGUCAGAGAAGCACCUUCUCCAGGGAGACUUUCCCAGGGAAAUCCACUUUCACGUCCACCGAUAUCCUAUAGACACCCUCCCAGCAUCUAAGGAGGACCUUCAGCUCUGGUGCCACAAGCGAUGGGAAGAGAAAGAAGAGAGGCUGCGUUCCUUCUAUCAAGGGGAGAAGAAUUUCUACUUUACUGGCCAGAGUGUGAUUCCACCUUGCAAGUCUGAGCUCAGGGUCUUUGUGGUCAAAUUGCUCUCUAUACUCUAUUGGACCCUGUUCAGCCCUGCAAUGUGCUUCCUCAUAUAUUUAUACAGUCUGGUUCGAUGGUAUUUUAUAAUCACCAUUGUGAUCUUUGUGGUACAGGAAAGACUAUUUGGUGGCCUGGAAAUCCUAGAACUUGCAUGUUACCGUUUUUUACACAAACAGCCACAUUUAAAUGCAAAGAAAAAUAAUUAAGAUUAUAAUGUUCAUAAUGUAAAAACUUAGGGAACAUUUUGGAAAUGUUCUAAGCCUUCGUAAACUGAGAUGCAUUUUUGCAUGACUAUGUCAAAUAUUUCUUACUACCGUCAUUAUUUGUUAAAGAUAUUUUGCACUUAAUUUUGUGGGGAAAAUAUUGCUACGAUUUUUUUUUUUUAAUCUCUGAAUGUAAUUUCAAUACUGUGUAUUUAGCAGGGAAGGAUAACUCGGGCCAGAUUAUUAUUAAACAAUCUUCAGGCUGUCAUGAGACAAGGAACACACAGUUUUUCUCAAAGGCCCACUUCUGUUUUCUAACAGACUUCCUAGAUCACAGCAGAUACGGAAUCCAUUCGUGAGCACUGGCCCAGACCACGUGCUGUUACUUGACUGCCCAGGUCACCUAUGGAGGUGAGCCCUGUUCCUCCAGGUACCCGGGCAGGUGGCUCCCAGGCUCCCUCCCUUGGCACACUCCUUCAUAUGCCAAUCAGACCCAUGUCAUCCUUCCUUAAAAUCAGAAAUUGGAACUCCCUUGUUCUUAAGCUGAUCAAACAUUUUGAUAGGAAACCCUUCAUUAUUUAUAGAAUUUUAUGCUGACCAAGAUGUCAGAAGACCACCGUGCCCUUUUAUCUUGUGAAAGAUAAGACCUGGACAUGCCUCAGGGAGCAGUCCCAGGCUCUCCACUUUGAAACCAUGAUUUGAAUUUUAAAAGAUAAGAAUUGAUAUAGUUCAAAUUCUGCACUCAUGCUCAGUCUUGCAUGUUUAGUGAUGGUUUUCUUACAAGUUGAUGGCAGGUUUAGCUUUUUCUGCAUUAAAAAUAACAAUGGCAUAAUGUGAAGUCACUACUUUUUUUAAAGAACACUUAGAAGAACAUUCUGUUAUUGCAGUCAGAAACUGUCUUUGAAAGAUUUUUUACAGCCUACCAAAAAAAGAAGGUUGUGUUUUCUACAUGCCAUUAAAACAACAAAAAUGCCAGCAGACAGGGCAGCCAUGGUUUGUCCUAAAUUAGUCAACCCUGUAGCCAUGACAGAUUUUACUCUUACAACCAAGAUGAAAAUGCAAAAAUAAAUCCUUUUUAAUGAUAGCAAUGGGUCUUCUUAAUCAUAGAUUUCCUCUUUCUAUAAUAAUAUUUAAACCCACUUUUGACCAAUUGCCUAAAUAUUCCUGUCACUUGGAGUCAGUGGAAAAAUCCAGCACACCAGUACCACCAGUCUCCUCCUGAAGCAAAAGAAACAUGUCAUUUUUGUUUGACCCUACUGGAGCCUUGCACUCCUUUUUUGUCAUGUAAUAGUGAUGCCGGUCAGAGUGCAGAAGAUGUGAGGCAGUUAAAAGUCUUUAGCGGUCAGCAGAUCUGCCAGGUUUGCUUCUGCACUGAACCAGCCUCAAAAGCUACUUACUGCACGAUGUUCUCUUCAGCCCGAAUGCUUUCUCUUUAAUUACAUCUCAUUUUUGCUUGACAGUGACCUACCCAAUAAUUGAGUCAUGCAUUGCCGUGAAAGGUAAACACAUCGUGAGCUGAACUUUGCCAGCAGAUUCUGUGAGAAAGCUCUGGUUGAGGCCGAACAUUGUUGACACAUCAUUUUUAUUGGAAGAGCAUUAACUGGUGGCUCUGCUGAAAGUCACCACCCAUGUUUAACUGGUCCCCCAAAGCUGUUUCUAAUCCUUCUGGAGCUACUGAUUAGUAUUAUGCACAUCUGCUCCAGACUUCGCUGUUUAACUUGUGGUUUGGGGGGGUUUAAUUUAUUUGGUAGGGUUUUGUUUUUGUUUUUUUGGCUUAAACCAAAAAAAGCCAACUUUUUUUUUCGCCCUCCAUAAAAGAGGUUUCUAAUUUGAGUUUUUUAAAGACUUGCUUUGGUUAUAUUUGGAAACACAAAUAGUUUAACAAUCAGGAUUGCAUUUGUCAUGGACAAAAGAGAAAAGCUAUGCUUGUUACCCCAUAAUUGUUGGUGACAGAGCUCAUCUGCCCUCCCCACAAAUCUGCCUGGUUUAUCAUCCAAGAUACAACUUCCAUUAACUACAUGUCCUCUUUAACUUUCUUUAAAAGGGACAAUCUCUUUUUCUUUUUAAAAAUGUUUCUUCUAAUCAUAAAAACCAUGUUUAAGAUAAAAUAAAAACUUUCUAUUACCUACCCAAAAUUCAUAUAGACUUGCUUGCAGAAUUAGAAAUAGUAACUCCAAAAGUGCCUUUUAGAUUUUUUUUAAUAAGGCUUUUUAAAAAUUGGUAAUUAUUUGUGUUUUCCUACACAUUUAACUGUGUUAAAGCCUUUUUCUUCUUUUAUUUAAAAGAUUUAAAAGAACUAUACAGUUAAUGAUUGGAACUUAGAACAAUUGUUGCUUACUGUCAAGUAUAAAUUAAUUAGCUUCAAUAAUAUGAUUGGCCUCAGGAAUUAUCCCUUCCACACCAUCCCAGUUCAGUACUCUGGCCACACACAAUUCCUCCUUAUCCCCUUUCAGUCCUUUGAAGGUAAGCUCAAAAGACUUUGAAAUGCUUCCAGAGCUAUAUGUCAGUUGUUAAAUUUAUCCUGAAAGGUUCUUAUUAAAGUGAAUAUAAUUUAUUUAUGCCAUGAACCCUUCUACUUAAAAUAUGAACCUGCAAGCAGAGGCACUGAUUAACAAGUUCUUACAGCAGGUGUCAUUGAUAACACAAGCCAAAUAAAGUACAGUAGAACCUCCACGGCUGACCGCCUCCCUACAUUGACCACCUUCAUAAGUUGACCUGAUUUUUACAAACCGAACAUGCACCACGUGUACCUAUCAGUACAUUAGACCCAGUUCCUUGGGUGGUCAACCUACAGAGGUUCUACUGUAAUUUUAAAACUCGUUAGAAGAACAUGGUAAGAACUAAAGCUAAAAAAAAAUGUUAGAAAGAACCCAUAAUUUAAGACUCUCAGUAAAGUUCUUUCAUGUUAGGCUAGUAAAACUCACAGUAGAGGGAAGUAACACCUUACACUUCAGUCCCUUUGAAACUAGUCACUUCGGCAGUACUGUGUCAAAAAUCACAUUGGGUAGCCAGGACCUCUGUAGAAAGACAGGUUCCCAUGUGACCCUGGUCAAGCUCUGGCCCUGACCUCCAUACCCCUGUGCACACGUCCAGUGGACGGAGCCUCUCGGUGUUAAAUUGUUUACAUUUCUUUAUAUAAAUAAUGUGUUUUCAGUGCCUUAGUUACAGGUCCCUUUCCUUUCCUUGUUCCGAGAAUUCUACACAAUGUUGCUGAGGCAAAAUCUCUUUUUGCUACUCCCUGGGAGAGAGACGGCCUCUGAACGCAGUCGCCGUCACUGCCACACAACGGUUAGAGCACAUGGGGCGGAGCGCCGGCUGCCGAGGCCCUGGCUGGCUCAGCGCUGCUAUUUGUGCUGUAGAAAAUGGAAAUGGUUUGGCUUAAAUGAUGACCUUCAGAUUAGAUAUGGCCCCAUUAUCUUGUACCUAUCUUAAAUUUUUAUUUUAGAAGAAAAUCUUGGUUUGGGUAAUUCAUUUUUUAAAAGAUAAUUAUGUGCAAAACACUGAGUUUUAAAAGUCACAGAAUGGCCUUAGUUUUCAGUGUCCCACUGGUAUGUUUGUGAGUUAUCUGUUAUCUAUCCCAGAAUAAAGUGAAGUGAAUUAA